AUGGACGACAAUUAUUUAAUUACAAGUAUCCCUGAAGUCAAGGUUACAACGGAAAGACCGGUACCUCUCGAUUUGGAAGAAUCUUUAGGCAAUGCGGGCCUUCCUCGUGCGACAAUCGCGGCCUCUCGUGAAAAGCCUCAUGGCAGUGAUAGACGGCAACCCAUUCAUCGUGACCGUGUUAUUCGUCCUUUUGAUACUUUAAAAGGACUUCGUAAAUUAGGUUUCAAUUUUAUCCUUGCUCUUUUUUUUACGUUUGCGAUCCAUUCUGGUUUUGCUUAUCCCUCCCAAGAAAGUUGGAUUCCGAUUCUCUGCAAUCCAUUCUUUAAGAUUUAUACUGAUAGAAUUCAUAAAUGUAAACAUGGUAACGAUACAGAGACACUUGAUACAGAGGGACGAUUUGUUCCUGAAAAAUUCGAAGAAAUUCUUACUAAAUUUGACCGAGAGGGGAAAGGUGGACUUAGUUUCUCCGAUAUUGUACGCAUGAUAAAUGUUAAUUAUAACAUUUUUGAUUUUUUCGGAUAUUAUUCGUCUUGGAUUGAAUGGAUAGGCGUAUAUCUAUUAUGCGCCGAGAAUGGGGUUGUGGAUAAAGAAAAAAUUCGUGGAAUAUAUGAUGUAUUAUAUUGA